AUGCGGUUGGUGACAAUCGUUGCGAUGGCGAUCACGGUUGCGUUGUCGAUGUUGGUGCAUUGCUACGAAGGCGCCAACCUUCGGGGUUUCGCCCUUCCUGAGGAGGACGAGGAGUUCAGGCACAGGCCUUUGUACCGAGACUACAGUUUGAUCAGAAGAGCAGCUCGUGCUGAUGACGCCUUCGAUGAUUACGGCCAUCUUCGAUUCGGUCGUUCUGACGACUGA